UCCUUCUAUCUUUCUAAAUUCGUUCACCUUCUUCACUCCACCCACCUUCUCUCCCCAUUCCCAAGUGUUUUUCAAUUCAACCAUGAACAAUAUUACAAAUAAUGCCUACAGAGAAGAAAAAUCGUUCUGCUAUUUCCAUCCCAGACAAGUUCUUCUUGGGGUCUGCCCCCUCUGCUUGAAUGAGAGGCUCCUCCUCCUCGCUGCAAAACAAGGCCACCACCACCGCCACCGCCACCGCCACCGCCACCACCACCACCGUUCUUCUUCCUCCAAAUCUUCCCACAGGCUUCAAACUUCCACAGACACAAAACCACCCUCUUCUAUUCACAAGAUCUUUGCUUUCGGCUCUCUCUUCACUCGCCACGAAUCCCACCACUGGAAAUCUCACAACCAUGACUACGACAAUGACUAUGAUGAUGUCUCUCCCAGUCCAGAAGAGUCGUUCAUCUCAAUCAAGUUUGAAGAGAACGGGGUGGCAUCGUGGGAAAAGAGCAGAGUGUCGAAGAAGGUGUCCCUAGAGAAGUGCAACAGGAAGGUGUCGUGGAAGAACGAAAACAGGGAGAAGAGCGUGAUAGAGCACGGGAAGUCACGUGAGGCGUUUAGGUGGCGAAAGCGUAUAGGGCACAUGUUCCAGCUCAUACGGUGGAAGAAGAGUGGCGGUGUGUGCCACGUGGAGGGAGUGAAGGUGAGAAAGGGUGGUUGGAUGAGGACUCUGACAAAGAGGAAAACGACCAUCGAAUAAAGCCUCAUAAACUACAACACCAUUUCUUCACUUUGCAGUCUGCACUGUAAAGUUACAUCAUACUCAAAAUUCCCUUUCUUUCUUUCUUACCAUCUAAAAAUAUGCUUUCGCUUCUUCUUGUAAUCGUUUUCGGUUUUUAAUGACAGUACAGGCUGUAAAAGGGUUUGCUGAAAGUGGUUUGGUUUUGAGAGUUAUAUAGUUAAAAAAAUAAGAAGAAUUGAGAAUUGAGAAUUCUCUCCAUAAAACUAAGUCAUCCUCAUGUUAGGUACCCGUAGUGGGAAACAAUGAAGCAUAAGGGCCCUUCAACAUUGUGUUACA